CUGGUUUGAAUACACACAGAAAAGGUUACCACAAAACGGACAAAACUCACGAAGAAAUUUCAGUCUCAACUCGGACAAUGACGAAAACAGGUCUGGUUGUAGUAAUUGUGCGUCUCUGGAACGUUUUCCAGUGGUCUAUUAUUUUUUUGUCCGUGGCGGAAAUAUUGCUAGUUGUCCCGAUUCGCGUCUAAUUGCCCCGUGUCAAUGCCAAACCGAGAAUAAUGUUGUCUCAAUGGUUUGUGCCAAUUUGCAAAGUGUUCAGCAAUUGAUGAAAAUCUUUGAACCACCCUUCCCCGUUAACCAACUGUGGCAUUUGACGGUAAAGCACAGUCACCUGGAUGACUUGGAGGCCAAUUUGCUGGGUGACAAAUCCUUUGCUGUUAUUUUAUUUCAAAAUGUCACUGGUGUAAGCAAAAUUAUGCCUCACGCGUUUGCCGCGUCGGUUGAACGACUUCGUGUUCUCACUUUUGAUUCGUCACCGUCACUCGGCGUACUUUCCGUCCAGGGGAUUGCUGAUUUGGAAAAUCUUGUGGAUUUCGAAGUUACGGCUAGCGUCGACCAAUUAAUUGAUUUCCCAUCUUUACCGAAUUUGCAGUACCUACAUCUGUAUGGCAAUAGGUUCUCCAAUCCACCCAAUCUACCCCACUUACCGAAAUUACAUUCUCUUUGGCUCAAUUCUGGCAAAUUGGUUGCUCUUCAACCACUUAAUCUAACUUUUUUGCCAAGUUUGAGAAAAAUUGUCCUUUUUGGUAACCAACUGCGACAGCUAGACGAAGGGGACUUACAUUUCCAAUCCCCUCGAGUUGAUCUUAUAGACUUGAGUGACAACGACUUGAGUGGUGGUAUUCAUCCAAGUGCUAUAGAAGGAAUCAGCUACAAUACGAUAAUUGAUUUAAAGAAAACCAAUCUCACUCAACUUGAAGAAGCUACAUUUCGGCCGAUUCUUAGUGUACUCGCACGUGGCGCCGGACACGUACAACUCCAUGGCACGAUGUUGCAAUGCGAUUGUCAGUCUUUUGGCUGGCUUUUACGAGAGCCAAAACUAAUGGCCAAAAUUUCCCAAACUUCUAAAUGUUCCGACGGCGUCAACGUCCAUUUUAAGACUAGCCGCCUACAUUGUCCUUUAAACGAAACGAUAUCCGAACCGAUCAGUAAACCUACAACGCAUUGAUUCCAAAAUGAACGU